AUGGCGAUCCUGGUUGACGACAUGGCCGACAAGGGCGGCACAUUCGCCAAAACUACUACCACUGCCAAGGAGGGAGGCGCACGCGAGGUCAUGGCUGUCGUCACUCACGGUAUCCUGAACGGGGACGCCAUUAACAUGCUUCAAGAGAGCUGUCUCUCCUAG